AUGAUCAACGUUGACCAAAGAACAACCGGGUUGACUCAAGCUCACGCAGCUGGUCUCCGCCGUCUCUCAGCCCGCGCCGCCGCUCCACCCACUCCUAGCAUCAGAAACACCCUUCUACCCUUCUCCACUCUCGCCAAUGAAAUUAUCACACUUAUAAAAAACUCAGGCAUAAAAAUCCAACCGGGUCUCACCGACGCCGAGUUUACCCGAGUCGAAGCCGAGUUUGGCUUCCUCUUCCCACCGGACCUCCGUGUUAUCCUCGCCUCCGGCCUCCCCGUCGACGCAGGCUUCCCGGACUGGCGCUCUCCGGGAGCUCGUCUCCACCUCCGCGCCAUGAUCGAUUUACCAACCGCAGCUGUGUCGCUUCAAGUCGCGAGGGACAGUCUCUGGUGCAACAAAUCUUGGGGGAUGAAACCACCCGACCCGGAAAAAGCUUUACGGGUCGCGAGAAAGGCCUUGAUGAGAGCUCCUUUGUUGGUUCCUGUUUUUGAUCACUGUUACAUUCCUUGUAGCCCGUCUUUAGCGGGUAACCCGGUUUUCUUUGUAGACGAAACUCGGAUAUUUUGUUGCGGGUCGGAUCUAUCCGAGUUUUUCCAGCGUGAGUCUGCUUUUCGUAGUCUCACCAAGCAGCGCUCGUUGAGUGAGAUGUCUUCUGGAUCAUCAUCCUCGAACUUCUCUAGGAGGAGCUUAGAUUCGGGUCGGGUUAUCGGGUCAAGUACGUCAAGAUGGGUGGAGUUUUGGAGCGAAGCAGCGGUGGAUAGUUGCCAGAGAAAUUAUGGCUCCACAUCAUCAUCAUGGUCAUCUUCUUGUUCAUCACCGGACUUUCCUAAAAAGGAAACUCCGAAAUGGGUGAACCAGUACGUAAACCGGAUCGGUUCGGUUUUGAGAGAAGGCGGGUGGGAGGAAUCCGAUAUCGACGAUAUGAUCCACGUGUCAGCUUCUAGUUUCUUCGAGAGUGAAGUGGUGGUUGUAGAUAAUCAAACGGUUCUUGAUGUACUUCUUUUGAUAGUGGGUCGGUUAUCGGAGUCGCUCCGUGAAACCGGGUGGAGCUACGAAGAAGUAUCGGAGGCUCUUGGUUUCGAAUAUGGACGGGAAAAGGAAAGAAAACGGGUGAAGAAAUUAUCGCCUGAACUUAUAGAACGAGUCCAAAAACUGGGUGAAUGGGGUUCCCGGUUAUGA